AUGUCUUAAAUUGACCCUGCCUAUUUCGAAAGGCUCAAAGAAUAGCUUAACAACCUAAACAACAACAAUGAGAGCUUCACAGAAAGAAAUAUCUUUGAAAUUCGAGAACGUUUAGGCCGUAUUUCAGAGGAAGUACAUCAAGAAAGAAAUAGGGACAGCAAUCAUGUAUUCAAUAUAUAUAAUUACUUAUAGCAGGCCCUUCAAAAUAAUUAGAAAAUUUUUGUGGACAGUUGUUUGAACUUUAUAGUAUAUGUCCUUCAACAUGUUGAACCUUAGACAACUCGAAACACAAAAUUUUUAAUCAGAGCUGGCAUCUUGGAUUUAUUAUAGAAAAAGAUUCUCUUAUAACAUAUGACAUUUCAAGUUGUCGAAUAAAUGACUAUAGUAUUAGAAAAAGACAAUGAAAAUAAUGCAGCUGUAGCCAUCCGCAUAAUUAAUGAUUUACUAAAAUCGAAUCAAUAAUAAUCACAUCAAUACUAAAGAUCAAAUACUCUAUUUUCAGAUUAGUUGUUAUUGAAACUCUACUCUUUUUUUGAGUAGCGGAUUGAAUUCUUGGUUAAAUUUAAUAAUGAGCUCAAGAAAUCUCAAUAUAAAAAACUUUUAGGAGAUAAUCAAAAUAAUCCUUUUUAGGAUCAGAAUUAUGUUUUAUAAUCAGAUAUUGAAGAUAAAAGAGAGAAAGACAUAAGGCUCAAUAUUUUUAGCUUAUCUUUUGUAACUAACAUACCAACAUUUUUUAUUUACACUAUUUUUGUUCUAGACUCUAUAGUGAAAGAAGAAGUAAUAAUCAUUCACUUAUAAUAUAGACUAAAACCCAAAUGAGAGAGAUCUUGAAGAGAGCCCUGAAAACAAUGAACUAAGUGAUCAAUGAAACCAAUUUCUAAGACUUACUGUAGAAAGUCCCAAGAAAUAUAGUGUAGGAACUUUUUAAUGCCUAUUCUAAAUUCUUAUAAUUGCUUGCUCUUACUAUUAAAAGGGAUGAGAAUCAAAUGCAACCCCAAUCAAGAAUUAUUAAGGAUAUUUCAGACACAAUUAAAUUAGACUCAGUGGUUGCCACCAUCAUUAAAACACUCAAGCAUUGUCCUGUAGACAUAAUGCACCUAAGGAUUGAUAUCAGUAAUCGUUUGAAACAAUCUAUAAUUUAAAAAAGAGAUACCAUAUAAUAAAAUGAUAUGACUGAUAAAAUUAAUGAAAUAAAUGCUAAUGUGGCUGAAUUGAUUGAUGAAGAAACAAUUGUUGGUAAGAAUCUAAAAAUUCCACCCUAUCAAAAGACCAGCAUUUAUCAAAAUUGGUUAGAUAUUGUUAAACAUGUAGUAUAAAGCUAUCUUCCUAAGUGUGAGUAAUAAAAUUAGCAACCUACUAACUUAGAGAAAAUGCAAAGUGAUUUCAUAAAUAAUUAGACAUAUAUGGAAAAGAUUUUCAAUACCAUUUUUAAAGUAUUAUUUGAUUCUUCCUUGCAAAUAUCCAUUCAUGAGAAGGCUUUAGAUUUAAUCAAAGUCUUCUUGGACUUAUUUACUAAAUAAUAAAACAACUAUUUUAUUGAUAGGAAUUUACUCUAAUAUUACAUUGAUUAACCUCAACAACAACAAUAAUAAAAUGAUUCGAUUUUCAAGGAAGUGACAACGCAUAGUCCAAAGUAUAAAUUAUUGGAUAGAUUAUUUCAGAUGAUUGGAAUGAAAUUAGCUUAAAUUAGAAAGCAAAUCUAAUAAAUAAAAGAAAUGUUAAACAGAACCUAGAAAUGGGGAAUUAUCAAAAAAACCACUUCAUAAACAAAUGUUUCAUCUCUUCCUUGUAAUAACGAACCCUUGAAUGAAAGGUACAUAAGUCAAUUGGAAUAGUAUAUUAAGGAGAAUGAAAUUGAUAUUGAUUAAAAUCUCAUUACUUUAUAAGAUUAAGCAGCUACUCAAGUUUAUACCUAUGAAGAUGAGGAGGAGUAUUAAGUUAAUUCAAUCAGCAUCAAUACAUAUAGUUAAUUUAUUGAAUUUGCUAAGGAAGUGAAAUCAAAGAUAUUUGAUCAACUGAAUGAUAUCCUAUAGAAGUUACUUAUUUUUGUGGCCUCAACAAACAAGGAAAUAGUAGCUAAAUAUAAAAAUAGACAAAAUGGUUAAAUCUCAUAAAGACUAGCCCCUUUAAUUUAAGCAACAAAUGAAUCCAGACCUUAUUUGAGUAAUCUGUAAUGUCAUUAUAUGUCAAAGAUAAUGAAAAAUGGGUUGAUAAUAUUUGAUGAAUUGCAUGAUCAUCAAAGAAACCACUUUGAAAUUUUGGAUUAUAAAAAGAAAACUAUUCCUUAAUUUAUGCAAUUCUUUAUUUAAUUUCAAGAUCCUAUAAAUUUUAAGAACAUUUUUGAACCUAAUUCCAAAUUAUUGUUAAAGAUUUCAGUCAACUUAAUAAAGACAUGUCCAGAAACACAUUGUCUCCCGUUAUUAUUGCAGGAUCAUUUACAGAUAUUGAAUCAUCCAGAUAACUAAUCUUAACCUAAAUUAUCAGUGAAGUAUUACAUAGAAUUUUUAUUGAAUUUGUAUUUGAGAGAAUUGCAAACAACUCCAGAAUUGCCAUCUAGAUUUGGAUAUUGUAGAGGUGGCUAAUUGAUACAAAUGAGCAAUCACAAAGUCUAAAAUGUAUCAUAAAAAGAUUAAGAUGAAUACAUUUCAUUGAUAUAGAAAUUGCUCAGAAUUCCCAUAAGAUUAUUUCCGAGAGUGAAAUGCUAAUAAAAUGAAGAACCAAUAGUAAAACCAUUGCUAAAAUAAUUAAUAUUAUUUUUUGUUAAGAAAUCACAUGAAACAUAUUAUCCAAUUGACUUUUUAGGAUUGCUGUUAUCGUUAGUUAAGAGAAUAUAGAAUAAUGACUAGGGGGAGGGGUUAUCUAAAUAUUUUCAAUAAUUAUGUGAUAAAUAUGAUCGAAAUGACCGAUAAUAGAUGGCUUAAAGACAAUAAUAUGAGAUAUAUCAUAAAUUAAAUUUGAGUGGAGUCAAUAUUGUUUUGAACAUGUUUGAACUAUUUUAAACUGGAAUAGUGGAGAUAUAGGAUAUUGUUGCAGAAGUGAUAGCUAAUUUUCCAUUACAAAAAACAAUGCAAAUCAAUUUGGCAAAACAGUAUCCAGUUUUUGCUUAAUGUUUGUUUAGAGCCUUGCAUAAUAUAUCUACAAUUGAAAAUUAAGUAAUUCAAAAAACAUUAAUGUUAUUGGAGAAUAUUGUAACUAAUUUGAGUAUGGAAGAGAUGAGAGAAUUCUUUGGGGAUCUGCUUUAGCCAUUCAUUGAGAAACUGCUUACUUUUCCAUCAGAAUAUAAGAUGGCAGACAUCUAUUCUAAAUAAGUAAAUUUAUUUUUGGAUCCUUCAUUCAAAUCCUUAAAAAUUCUAUCAAAGUUGGGUGCUUUGGUACGAAAAUCAGAGUGGCCAAUUGAAAUCAAAAGAACUCAUACUGAUAACCCAUUUGUUAGAAAUCAAUAUUUGGAAGUGCAAAUAGAGGGAUUAUAAACUAAUUUGAAGAUCAACCUUUCUGAAACAGUAAGAUGCGCAGUGGAGAUCCUUCAGAACUUUUUGGAAUAGCAGUUGGCUACAUAUUUGUUUAAACAAUCUUCAAUUUAACACAGUUAUUCAAUUGUAAAGAUGGUGUUGUUGGGGUAUUACUAAAUGCCUAUUUAAUUUGAUCAUGAUUUAUACAAUUAUCAAAUACCAGAAGGUAUGGCAUUGGACAUGAGAUUGCAAUCAAGAUCAUGUGAGUAGGAUCUAUUGAUGUAUCAAGAUGAGGAAUUGAUAUCAGCAGUAACAAAGGUGUUUAUUGGUUUGAGCAAUUUCCACAAUAUCAUAUAGACUCUCACAACAGCCACAUUCCACAAGCUAAAAGAAGAUGUUGAGAAUAUUGUAACAACUCUAUCUGAAAUGUUCUUCAUUCAAUUAGCAGAUGAUCAUUGUGAAUAAAUUCAAUAACUUAAGGGAGCAAAGCCUGAUUUAAAUUCACUUUAUGCCAUGACGGAGGAUAUUGUAGCUAAAUAUUUGAGGGAGAAACCUCAAUCGAUUAAAUGGCUUUCUCAUCUCUUCAAAGGUUUAAAUAAGAGGUAUAUGCUUACAGCAGAGGAGAAUAUGAAUUUUAAGGAUUUCUACAUUCAGUAACAUGAGUUCAUUUGGAAUAAAUUGCUUAUGGGCAAUUGUCUCAAAAAGUAUAAGAAAAUACUGGAUAAUCAUUUAAAAAAAAACAAUGAAAAUAUGGCCUGGGCUUAUGAUGUCUAUUAUACAGUAGUUAUUCGUUUGUUUGAAGAGUUUGUGUAUGAGAAGUUUGGAAAGUAGACUCAACUAUAGAAGGAAGAUGAUCGUCGUCGAAAAAUACAGAUAGUUUAAUGUAAUUAUUUAAUAAGAAAUAUUCUUAGCUUAUGGAGGAACCAUGAUUCCAUCUGAAGGAUUGAAUUGCAGAUCAAUUUCAAUUGAAUUACUUACUGAAAUCCAGAAUCUUAGACCAAAAUUUAAAGAUUACUACACAUCAAAUCAAAUCUUAGGUUUGCCAUAUAUUCCUGAUCAAAGAAUUGUAGAAUGCUCGUUUAUUUUACUAAGACAAUUAUCUGAAACCAUAAGAGUAGUAUCAUAAUAGCUUACUAAGCAUUUGUUAUUCUAAACAUUGAAUUAGUUGAUUGAGAAUCUAAAUUGUGAUCAUUCAAAAUAUCCUCAUUCUCAUUAGAGUACUCUAAUAUUAUCAAAAAAAUUAAGGGAGUUUGUUAAGGUCAUUACAGAAAACUGUCUUACUUUCAAAAAGUCUUUGUUGCAGAUUUGCACUGAAUUAUUCGAUCACAUUAUCACCAAUUAUUAUUAGGGCAACGCUGGUCCCCUAUUUUACAUGAAUAUUGGAGAUGAAAUGAACCCGAGAUUCGACGAAUAAAUCAAACCCAUCCCCUUAGAUGAGUUCACUGGAGCAAACUAAUCCUAAUUGUAUUGGGUUAAUAUAGACUAUUCUGAAAUACCUACUUCUCCAUAUACUCAAAAUACAGUCUUAAGAGAAUUAGUCUUAAUCAUUAAGCAAUUAUGUGAAGAACAGAAAAUGUCGGACAUGACAGCUUAGAGAUAUGCCAACGGUUUCAGAAUAUUGUCUUACCUUUUAUAAAAAUAAGGCAAGUUUGAGUCUGUAUAAUAUCAUUUGUUUAAAGUUGCGCAAUUUGAAAAUGACCCAUCCUUGAUACCAUGUAUUGAGGACUACGUUUAAUAAUCUUUUAAAAUUAUACAAUAAAACGAAGAAACUUAUUAUAAGCAAUCUAAACUGAUUCUUACAAAUGAUGAUUAUCCCUAGUAGAGUGCUGUGAUUAAUGUGUCCCACGGAUUGGAUGACUUGGAAUUCAAAAUCAAUAUUGAGGACAUUGAUUUUGAAGUCAAGUGGUAAAGUUUCAUGGUUGUUGCAGUUUAUGGUUUCUUGAAAUCUAUGGCUACUGUCAACUAUAUAUAUCUCAUUCAAAAACACCUUCAGAAAAAUAUCGAUAAAAAUCAAACAGUAAAGCCAGUUAUAUUAGCGAUGAAAUUCAAGAUUGUCGAGAUUCUGUACGAAGGACUCUUGAGAGUGGAAUCCAGUAUCAGAUAGGCAGGUUAUAGAUAUCUUUAGGACUUAUUAUAAUAGGAAGGCAUUUCAAAUGACAAGACUCUAUUUGAAAACGAUGAGCGAUUGAAAAAAGUCAUGAAACCAUUACUUACAUGUGUGUAGUCAGACAUCUUUCAUUACAUUCCUUCGUUUUUAAAGUCCUUAAAACUUAUAUUGAAAAUAUUUAGUAAGGUUUUCCAUAAGGCAUUGUCCGAUAAAUUGUAAGCACAUCUUACUAAGAUAGUUUAAGACAACCACCAAUAAACCUUAAAUCCUAAUGGUUUAUAUUGUACUACAAUGGAAUGGCUUUAAAAUUAAUCACAAGAAUCCUUAAACUUUUAGAUGAGUAUUACAUCUGGAUUGUUGAAAUUAUUUUAGCAUCUAACAUCAUAACUAACUAAUCCAACCAUUGGAGCUAAUAAUAUUAAUAUUGUAUAGAAAAUAAUUACGGAUACUAAUAAUCUAAGAAGAAACUAUGUUUUCAAAGUAUCACAAAUGUAACUAAAUCAAUCAAUCGAUAAGCCUUUGGUUAAAUUCUUAAACACUCUAGCUGCCAAUUACUUUGAUGUCUUCUAAUCCUCUUACAAUUUAGGAUAAAUCUAAUAAUUUUAAAAACAAUUGGAAGGAGUGAGUCAAUUACUAGCUAAUCAAACUCCUAUUAAAGGCCUCUGGGAAAAUUUAAGGGAACGUCUUCAAUAUAUUAAAACUGUCAGACAAGUUAUUUCGGAGCCAACAGCAUUCCCUUUGAGAGAGAAACUAUGCAGAGAGAAGAGUUAAUUGGCUUUGAAGAUGGAGCGAUUCAAUAAAAUCAUUGAAGACCUGAGUUCUUCAUUAGAAAAAGGCUUAAUGAACGUUUAAACUGUGCUGUCUCCUGAGUUAUAACAAUCUUUCCAUUAAUCUUACAUAUAAAAAUUGAUUAAUGUGAUAAGCGAAAUCAAAAUAGAGAUUGUUUAAUUUGGUUUUUAAUUAUGUAAGAGAAAUCCUUCAUGUUUGAAGAAGAAUAAUUAUUUCUUGGAGAAUUGUAUCUUGAAUAAUAUUAAGGAUCUUUUGGAGAAGCAGAAACAAAAUAAUCAGAAUAGGAAAGUGCAAUAAAGUCAAUUAUAAUAAGCAUACAAUCAAUUGAUACUUUCCAAUCAGCAAAUCAAUAGUCUUUUGAAUAGACAUUGCAGCAUGUUAAAACAAUUCAUUUCAUAGAAUGAAGACAGCAAAUUAGCUAUUUAAGGAAUGCUGAGAUUGAUUCUGUAUUCAACACAAGAUAAGGUUAAGAAGUGGGUAAUGAAUGUAGCUAUGAAUAAGUCAAUAUCUUUGAGAAAAAGAAUCAUUGAAAUAUGGAUGGAUAAUUUCAAAUUUUCUGAGGAUGAUCAAUAAAAUUAGGUUCAAAUGAUUACUGGAUAUCAUGUAAUUUAUCCUAUUUUAUUCCAUUCUAAUUAAAGAAAUGAUUUAAGUCAAAUAAGUCAAUUGUCUUUGUUUUAGAGGAUGAAAGAGAUUAAUGAUGACUUCUUUAAGUAUUAUGGCAAAAUAUUGAGUGAUAUUGAGCAUCAUUGUCCUAUGAAUUUUACUUACAAAUUGCCUAAUAAUAACUUAACAGCUAAAUUGUCAGAUGUGAAUCAUUAUUACAAGUCCUCAGUGAUAGAUAUGCUCUAAAUUAGUUCAUACUUAUUAUGCUUUUAAGAACAACAAUUGCCAUCAGACUUAAAGAUGUCUUUCUUGUAAUUUGGAUAUGAUAUGAUUAAUAAGUCAGAUAAAUUGGUGGCAUUCCAUGCUAAUUUGUAUUUUAGUAAAUUCUUAAAAAAGAUUGGAUUGAUCUAAAAUGACCCAAUAUCAGUCAAUAAGAGAUAUUUGAAAAUAUAUAACAAAGCAUUAAAGCAAUUAGACGAGAGUGGUUAAUCUGAAUAGGAGUUAUAUAGUCUAUGUAAGAAGAUAUUUAGUGUGGUUUUACCUUGGUUGGAUUAAGUUGAAGUACAAGAUCAAAAAGAUUGGAUUCAAGCAACUUAAUAGCAAUUGAAAUAGGAAUCAUCGAAUUUGGAUUUUGAAUCAGCCUAAAAGGUGAGUAGAUUCUGGUCUAUGUUUAUAAAGAAUCAUAAAAUAUUUCACAAGCAUCAUGAAUCAUUCACAAUCCAUAUCAUAAAUUCAAUGUAACAGAUUGGAUUCUUCAAUUAAAAUUAAUCACCUCAAGCUCCAAUAAUUAUCAAUAGUUAUCAAAACUAUAGAAGAAUUGCAUUGGAUAUGGCAUUUUUAUAGGUGGAAUGGAAGACAAAAUUAAUAAAGAAUGACUUAUUACAAAAUAAUACCAAGAAAUUCCGUGAUUCAUUCUAUCAAAGUGAAGCUUAAAAUCAUGAUGAGUCCUUGUCAAGUGAAAUAUACUAGUCCUUUUUUAUAAAACAAUCACUCAAAGCACACAACACAGAAGAUGCUGAGCUAUAAAAAAGAGCAUUAUAUUUAUUGAAAAAGAUAUUGAUAAUUGCUCCUCUGACAAAUCACAAGAUGAAUAUGGAGACAGUAAAGAAGAACAUUGUAAAUCUGAUGAAUUCAAUAGUGGAACCUCAAUAAGGGAAUCAGAAUUUGAGAAUACUUCAAUAAUAACCUACUGCAUACUUUAGAUAUUUCUUGAUUGUAUUGCAUAUCCUGACAAUUAUUGCAGAGUUUUAACCAUCCCUCAAAAUAAGUUAACUGUACUAACCAUAUUUUGAUAUCAUUUUCCAGAUGAAUCUAUUGCCAGACUAACUACAAUAUUAAGUACCACCCAGACUAAAUGCAGGCAGGAUUCCUCCUACUCAGCCUAGACAACAACCUCCACAGGCCAGGAUUCAAUAUCCUUAACCUCCUGCAGAUAGAGGUCAACAACAUCAGAAUGCUUUGACUCAAGAUCAUGCUCAGCUGGUCUUCUUAAUUUUUAAUAUAUUCAGAAAACUACUGAAGAAUGCGAAGGAGAAUCAAAAUGAAGAGAGUGAUAAAUUUUAGAAUUCACUCUCAAAUUGGGUCAAGGAUGCUAUACAACAACACCUUUAGAUUAAGAAGAAUAGCCAAUAGUAAAUGAACUAGUUUAUGGGACCCAGAAUUCCUACUUAAGCAAUGAAAGUGAACAUUUUAUCAAUCUUCUUAUUGAAGUUGUUCUUCAAUCAUGAUAUCACCUAUGUGAGACCUUUGAUGCCUUCAUUAAAGAGAAUUGCUGAAAUACUGAUAGAUUACUUGAAGUAGAAAGAUAAGGGGGACUAAUAUUUGGACAAUAUGAGAAGAUACACCAUUCCUAAGAAAUAGUUCAACAUCAGGGAGAAUGAGCAAUGGGAGAAUGAUUCCUAGAAACAAUACACUCAUACAGAUUUAUCGUAGUACAUCAGCGAUUUUGGAUUGAUGACAGAUGACUUCCCAUUUGGAGUCAAGAAAAGUGAGGAAAUGCUCUAUUUCCCAGAGGAUUUCCCUGAGAAUUAGAAGAUCAAAUUCCAUUUGUAUAGAUCUGCACUCCAGAAGACUUUGAAGAUGAUAGCUUACAAUUUUGAUGAGAUCAAAGAUUAGAAGGAGCAGAUUGAAUAUUUACAAAUCUUAAUUUGGAUCAUAGAGUCAGUGCCUGAUUAUGAGUUGAAGUUGGAAUGUAUAGCAAUAUUGAGAAUGUUAUUUAUCAAUGGAAUAUCUAAUGUGGAAGGUUAUCUAUAAGCGAUAUCAGUAUAUCUGUCUCCAGUGAGAUCAUUUCAAAUGAGGUCAGAGUUGAAGAAGAUGGAGGAGAACCUACAGUUUAAGCCUUCUAAAAUGUCAUGUGAAUUAUAAUUUGGUUUCUUUUUUGAUCUGAACAAAUUCCAAAGCAUGUUCGACAAGAAGAUAGAUUAGAGGAGUUCUGACAGUUACGAUAAUCAGCAUGGGAAGAUACAAGAUCUGAAGGUAUUCAAGUUGUAUUUUAUUUUCUUAUGUGAAUUAUUGUUGGUGUAUCCAUUCAAGAAAUAACAAGGGUCGAUCAAUAGUGGAUUCUACCUAUUAAAAAAUAUCUAUGAUAAGGGAAAUGGUUCAUUGAGGGAAUUCAGACGCAUCUUACAGAUAAUAAGUAAAUUGAGUACAUGUUUGGAUUAUUUGCAAUUCUUCUAUAAGAUGAUUUUGGAUAUCUAUGGAUAUACCUACGAUAGAUUCUUGUAAUUCGUAUUAGGAGAUCCAAAUAACAAGUAGUAGGAGUAGCCUCUUCAGACAGAAGGAGAAGAAAUAAUGUUGAUGGCAGUCAAAUUCAUGAUGUUGGGAAGAGGACACUUGUUGUCUCCAAAACUCUUCCAACCAACUCAACCAAAUAAAAUAGUUGUGAAAGUGGUGCCUAAGGAUGAAGACUCUACGAUGAGAGAACAAGUACUCAAUAAAUAUUUGGCUAUCUAUUACAGGAAGAAAUACUGGUAGAAAUUGUACAAUUCAAGUAUUAAACUAUUCACCAGUGAAUAUCUACCAUCCAUUGUCAUCUACAAUCUCUCUUAUAUUCCACUCUAAGAUUAACCACAGUAACCAUUAAGGGAAUGCAUCAUUCCAAGUGCAGCUAUUGAAUUACUGGGCACAGCUGCUAAUGUGAGUAGUCGUCUGCUCAAGCCAAUAUUUAAUCAAGUCAUCGUCAAUGACAUCAAAACCAUCACCCAGAUAACUGAUUACGUUUCUCAACAAUCUACAUCCAAUGGCACUCUAUAGACUAUUUCUAAUUUCCUGGUUCAACAAAUUCUAUCCCAGAUAACCAAUAUCUAUGACAUUAUGGACAAUCAAUAGACUUAACUUAAUUUCAACAACCUAAUCAUGUGUCUCAAAUAAAAGAAUCUAUUGCCAUCAGCAUAAUAUUUGUUAGAAUACAUUUAUUAGUAUUUGAAUGAAGAGGAUUCAUCUUAAUAUUCACAAUUAAAUGAGGAUAUCCUAGUGCAAUUACAAGGAGUGUACCAAGAAUAAUGGAACAAAUAAUGUCUAUUGGGUUGUAAAGCCUUGACUGCUACUCAACCUUGGGUUAAAUAAUUAGUUUUACUUAACUAAUUAAGAGAACCUGCUCAAUCAUAUUAAUUAAUAUUAAAUAAUCAAGAGUCUGUUGAUCAAUUUUGGUUGUAACUGGAAUAAGAAACUAAUGAGGCCUAAGGUAUUCAAAAAGAAUAUGAUUAGUAAAUCAUUCAUCAACUAUUCACAGAGUCGUUGUAACAAUUAAAUUAAUGGAAUACACUCAAAUAAAUAGAUCUGAGUAUGGUAUAGGCUGUUUAGAAUAAAAUUAUCAUGGGAUUUCGAGAGAGAUAAAAAGAUACCACUGAUCAAGGAUGGAAAAGUUUGAAUCAAUUGUCAGAUGUUAAACAAAAUAUCUAAUAGAAUGAUCACUUCUGUUACAAUUAAGCCUAUUUCAAAUUACUCGAUUUUGUCAGAGAUGAAGCAUCUUUGAAUCAACAUGGAAGAGGCAAUCAUGGGUUGUAAUCAAUUGAAUAAAAUCUCAAAUAUGCUCAAAUUAUCAAUUGCUACAAUUUCAUCAAAACCCUUCCCAAACUCACCUAGUCAUAUGAUUAAAUGAUGGCAUCACCUUUAUUGUGGGGUAGUAAAUUCCUUAAUUUUGUGUCUCAAUUCUAACUCUACACUGAAUUAGAAGAGAGUCUCAGAUAAUAUGCUCCUACUCAGCCUGCCUUUCCUGCCCAAGCUCAACCUAAUUAUGAACAACAAUGGGAUUUAAUCUCUAAUUCCUAUUAGUCUAGUCUAUUGUGCAAAAAGUACUUCUUUGAAAGGCAACCCACAAUUAUUGAUUAGCAAGAAUUCACCUUUGAUUUGAUCAGCUAAAGAAUGGUCUAAUUGCAAAUGUGUCUGUAAAGGUUUAAUGGAUAAUUAAGUCAAUUACUUGCUAGUCAAUAAUUACCAGCAAAUACGAGCCUAGAUCAAAAGAGUUACUAGCUGGCUGUUUUGGAUUACAAGACUCUCCUCUAUCCAAUGAGAUACUACUAACAGAAUGGAAUCUUUGAAUUAUUCGAUGAAUAAUCAAUCCUAAAGGAAAUCCCUAAGACCUUAUAAGUUUAUGCCGAAAAGAUUUAUCAAUUGGAGAAAAUCAAGUUUAAAACGAUGAAGUUCUUAGACGUCGACAAUAAUUAAUCGAAUUUGACUGAAAUGCUCAAUUUCUUCAGUUCCUUGUAAUCGGGUACGUAUAGUGCUGAAGAAUUCAAAAACCACAUGAUUAGCAAGAUUAGAAGAUAUAAGAUGAUCAACUAAUUUUACAAAUUAUUGAGAUUAGAUCAAUUGACAGAGUCUAGCAAUGGAAUGUAAAUCGAGGAACAAAAAUUGGAGGUCAUGGUCAGUUAGACAAAUGAAUUCUUCAUUCAAAACCAAGUUAACUAUUUAAAAUUCUGGAAAGAAGCCCACAAAGUCUAUCAACUUGCUCAUAAGAGAUAUAGCAAUAAUAUUAAGUUUGCCCAUCAUUAUAUUUAAAUCACUCCUCUAAGUAUGCAAUAUAAACCAUAAAAAUUCCCUAUCACAGGUAUGUACAUGUUUCAUAUUCUGAAUAUCACAAAUCAAACUGAUUCAAUAGUCACAGAUGCAUUCUCUUAAAUAGUUGCAUUAAUACCCUUACAUCUAUUACAAAGAUUCUUCACUCAACUGGUAUCAACUUAUCUCUACACACCAUGUGAUUAAACCAGAAAAGAUUGUUUAGAUGCCAUCAAUAAAUUAUGCAUCUUCAAUCCUCUAAAUAGCUUAUAACUAUUAUAAUAUCUGAAGAGUUUGGGACAGUGCACAGACGAGAGAUCCUAAUAACUUAUAAAUUCUAUUCCUAAAUUGUCUAAAUUAAAUCACAAAAUAGCUUCCAUUUACUCAUUACGUUAUCUGUACAAUUCCGUAUUUGAUCAGCUAUUAUGGGAUAAUGUUGAAGAAAUAGUAUAUUAAUGUGGAAAAAUCUUAGAUUCCAAACAAUUUGAAAUUAAUUCUAGUAAUAUCAAUGACAGAUGCCAAUAGAUUUUAAAUAUCAUUCAAAAGUAUCCUUAAAUUAAAGACAUGAUUAAGUAAUAUUGGAAAUUUGGUGAUUUAAAUAAACAAUUAAAGAGUGAUCAACUUAAAACCGUCCAAUCAAUCUAUUUGGCUUCAUUAAAAUGUAUAUACAUCAAUCUGUUUGGAGUCAAUAUGAGUUUGGAGGAAGACUUUCCAUUGCAAUUAAGUAAUUCCAUCAAUUCGUUUAUGGCAAAAUAAAUUUAAAUUGAUUAAUUGUAUUCAAUUAAUGAUGAAUUCCAAAUGAAUCCACUCCCCAUGUUUGGAUUUGAUGGAUAAAUUAAAAGAACUCAAGCUUAUGAUACAAUUUAAAUCACUAAUAUGUUUCCUACCAUUCAUAUCAUAUUUUUAAGGAGAAAGCGAUUCAUUAGAUAAAUAGCGUUGUUAGGGAAUGAUGAAAAGAAGUAUUUAUUCCUUUUGAAAACCAAAAAAAUUGAAAAUAAGAAACCCAUACAAAGCAUUCUUGAAGAACACAUAUCAACUCAAUUUGUUAAGAUGACUAACAUUUUAAAUUAAAAUCACAAAGAAACCAAAAUUAGAAAUGUAAAACACAUUGUUUCAGAUAAAUAUCUUUUAGAACACGAUAAACUAAACUAUUAAUUAGAACCAUAUUAAGAAGAAACCUACAAUCUUAGUAAUAUAUUGGAUACAAUUCUGUAAAUCCAUUAUCAUGCAAAUCCAAAGGGUGACUCCUCUAUCAAAAUACCAUAUUAUAAGUAUUUAUACCAUUAUUAUAAUGUAGUACUCAAGUAGAUCAUUUACAGAAAAAUGAUCUAACUAAUCUCAUACUAAGAUUUUCAAAAACAAUUGACACUUUUGUUCAAAUCAGAAAAAUCAUUGUUGUCAAUAUUGCAGUUCAAUUUGCGCUAUCAUUCACUAUGGCUAGCAGCUAAUCACCAAAACAAUUGGAAAAUCUACAAAUAAAUUUGAGCAAUGGUAAUUUCUACCAAAAGAAAUAUCUAUUCAAGGUCAAUAAUCAAAGGCUCACUUUAUAUGAUCCAUUUGCUAUCAGAUACUCAAGAAAUAUUGAACAUCUAGUUGGUGAAAUUAAUCUUCAUGCAUUUUUAAUACCAACAUUCACAGCAACCAUCAUCGGCAUUCUUAAUAUUGAGUAAUAUAUCAUUUUAAUUCUUAGUCUUCACGAAUACUUGAAUGUGGUAUUUUGGUAAUUGGGAUGCAAGGAUUCUCUUGAACCUUUCAUUAAAAAAUUGAAAGAUAUUGUUUAUGAUGAUGGAAUUAUUGAUUCUAAAUGCGAAAGAUUAAUUGCCAUAUCGAAGAAUUUAUUCAGUGGCUAAGAGAAACUUAAAUUGUGGGCCAAAAGAUGGUUCUGAUUGGUAUUAUGAAUUUAUAAUAAUUUAAUCAUUUCUUAC